AUGAAGGUGACAGAAACAAAUUUCAAAAAUCAAGAAAGUUCUAUAAAGAAGCUAGAAACACAAAUUGAGCAGUUGGCUGAGCAACUGGCCAAUAGAGAUGAAGGAAGGUUUCCUAGUAGCACAAUAGUGAAUCUAAGGGAGCAGCGCCAAGCCAUAACCACCAGAAGUAGAGCAGUUGUUUCCAGCCCAAGAAAGAAAAAUGAAGUCACCAACUCAAAUGAGGAAAGUGAGCUGAAACAAGAAGAUUUUGAAAGUGGAAAAUACACUAUGCUGAAGAGGGGAGAAGAAGAAGAAAACUGUAGUAACAAGCAAGAAAAGAGGGGCAAGAAACAGAGAUUUGAGCAGGCCUACAAGCCUAUUAAUGAAGAGCAAUACAAGAGAUUACCUUUUCCAAAGAGAGUACAAGAUCCUAGACAAGAAAGGCAGUUUGAAAGAUUCAUAGAUGUGUUCAAGAAGCUCCAAAUCAAUAUUCCUUUUGUAGAGGCAUUAGAACAAAUGCCUUCUUAUGCAAAGUUUAUGAUAGAGCUUUUGUCUAAAAAAAGGAAGCUGGAUAUGGAAAAAUUGGUAUCACUCACUGAAGAGUGCAGUGCCAUUUUGCAGAGAAAACUACCUUAA